AUGAAUAUAAAUAUAUUUAAUGAAAGAAAUUAUGUUGAAGCCCUGCAAUUUAUUAAUCAAGCAACUACUUUAAAUUCAAAAAAUGAAAAGCUUCUUGAUCACAAAGGUAUAAUUUAUCCAAAAAUUAUUUAAGGGAUAACCUUAAUGAAGUUAGAUUAAUAUUAAUAGGAUUUUGAAUGUUUGAUGAAGCAAUAAAAAUUAAUCCUGAUAAUUAAGCAUUUCUAAUUUAAAUAGGUAAAAAUGUUUUUUAUUUCAAUUUAGGGAUGGCACUCAUGUAAAUUGUUAUAGAAGAUAUAGAUAAUUAUAAUAGGGCUAACAAAUGUUCAAAUGAAGCUUAGAAGUAUGAGCAGAAUUUAGAGUUGUUAAAUAUUCUGA